AUGCCAAAUCCACUAUACUAUAAUGGAUUUAUAAAUGAUUUAUUUGAGUACAUAAAAAACCAUGGAUCUAGCUUAUAUAGUCAUAGCGACAUACAUUCUGGUGUAAAGAAGAAAAAAAGUGAAACCGUUGGGGAUAUAUUAUCCAAUAAAGAAAUAAGCUUAUACUGUUGUUGCGGCGGUAUAAAUAGUCAAAUGGCUGUAGAAGGAGCAGAGAGGGAUAUAAAACUUAAAAAAAGUUAA